GAUGAGAUGAAGAAACAUACACCCAUCUGGAGGAAGGAAAGCGAACAGUGCACGUGACUGUCCCGCCAAAGAUGCCUGAACCUUACAAGUGCUUUCAAUCAGGCACUCAUGAGCUUUUCUCAUCUGAGCGCUAAUCUACUUUUGGGUGACUAAAUAUUUGCUUAAGCGAAAAAUAUCCCACACUUCCAAAUUCUAAUCAAUAAUUUCGAAGUUCUUGAUCUCCUAAUCGUUCAACGCCCACCGACUUGCCAACCACCACCUAACGAUCAAUUCGAUAUCAAUAUGGCUGACGCACCAAGAGGCGGCUCACGAGGAGGUUUCGGCGACAGAGGCCGUGGAGGAGAUCGCGGACGCGGACGUGGACGUGGACGUGGUCGCGGACGUGGAGGAAACAAGGACGAGGCAAAGGAAUGGCAACCAGUUACCAAGCUUGGCCGUCUCGUGAAGGAUGGAAAGAUCAACUCUAUGGAAGAGAUCUACCUCCACUCUUUGCCAAUCAAGGAGUACCAAAUUGUUGAUUUCUUCUUGCCAAAGUUGAAGGAUGAGGUCAUGAAGAUCAAGCCCGUCCAGAAACAAACCCGUGCCGGUCAACGUACCAGAUUCAAGGCCAUCGUUGUCAUCGGUGACUCUGAGGGACACGUCGGUCUCGGUAUCAAGACCUCCAAGGAAGUCGCAACUGCCAUCCGUGCUGCUAUUAUCAUCGCCAAGUUGUCCGUUGUCCCAAUUAGAAGAGGUUACUGGGGUACCAACUUGGGUACUCCUCACUCUCUCCCAACCAAGGAGAGUGGAAAGUGUGGAUCCGUCUCUGUUAGACUUAUCCCAGCUCCCCGUGGUACUGGUCUUGUCGCUUCCCCAGCUGUCAAGCGUCUCCUUCAACUCGCAGGUGUUGAAGAUGCAUACACCUCCUCCUCCGGUUCGACCAAGACCCUUGAGAACACCUUGAAGGCCACUUUCGUCGCUGCUGCCAACACAUACGGAUACUUGACUCCUAACUUAUGGAAGGAGACCAAGCUCAUCAGAAGUCCUUUGGAGGAAUUCGGUGAUUCUCUCCGUGCCGGCAAGCGUUACUAGGUGUGUAGUGGGCUUGUGAAAAUAAUUCUUUAGUUUAUGCAAAUGGGUUUAUAUGGGGUUAAAAGCUAGGGUCUAUAGCUAUGUCUCAAUGAACUGAUUGCCUUCAUUUUGAUUGAAUUGCUACUGUGAUUGAUUUUUUUUACAUGAUAUGAAGUAUGGAAGUAAGGCGCGAACGAGCCGAUGAAUUUCGAUCAGGAAGGCCGGAAUGGCAGGUAGGAAGGAUCCUUUGGAGAAAGUACUGAUAGGGAAGGACUCUCUUCACAAUUAUGGAAAUAGAGGCAGCACUAGUCUGCAACUGAGGAAAGAACCAUUCAAAUUCCCCCAACAAUAAGAAACGCCGUCUUA